AAAUAUUUAUAAUUUUUUAAAAUAGCUUUUUUAGGAAAAAAGUAAAAUGAGUGCUGAAGAGGAUACAGAACUACGAGAUCUUGUUGCUGAAACACUUGAACGAAAUGGAGUUCUUAAUAAAAUUCGGGCUGAAUUGCGAGCAAAUGUAUUCAUUGCACUUGAAGAACAAAAUUCCAACUUGCAGAAGAAAACUGUAUCAAACAAAGAAUUUAAAGCUUUUUUAGAAACAAAUGAAGGGCGUCAAGUUUUUAGUCUAGUAAGAGAGUUUUUAGAGUUCUUCCAUUUGGACUUUACAUUAGCAGUUUUUGAUCCCGAAAGUGAUUUCAUUGGAAAGGCUUUGUCAAGAGAAACUUUAUGCACAGAUUUCAGUAUACCUUCUCAUAGUAAUUCUCCGUUAUUAGCUGAAGUUUUAAAAAAAAAGGUUGGCGGAAAAAGUGUUGAACAUGUUAAACCUUAUCAAUCCAAAGGAAAAAGUGUUGAACAUCAAUCCAAAGAAAAAAAAAUCAAGUCAUAUAAUUUUGAGGAUGAUGAUGAUUUGGAUGAUGAACGUGAUCUUUUAAAAGAUCUUGGUGUUAUGCCAGCUUCUUACAAUAUAUUAAACACUAAUCAAAAAAAUAAAUCCAAUCGUUUAGAUCCUAUAUCUAAAUGGAUAGUAAAUGAUGAUCCAAAAUCUGACAGUCAAAAAGUAAAUGAUUUGAAAAGUAAUUCUAAACAUUCUGUUAGCGAAAUCAAGGAUGAUAAAAUACUUGGUAUAACAUCACCUGAAUGGGAUGAUCUUCUUAAAAUUGAUAAAAAAAUUAACAGUUUAGGAUUUGAAGUUACCAAGGAUACUAAAAACUCUAAGGGAUUAAAAUUAAAAGAAUCAGAUUAUGAAGAUGAUUUUCAGGUGACUAGUUCACAGAAAAGUGAUGGAUUGAGCAUUAGUGAAGAGCUUGAUGAUGAUUUAUCUAUUGGAAGUUUUGCCGGUAGCAAAGCUGAUGACAUCCUGACUACUGAUCAAACGGUAUCUCAAUUAAGUGGAGUUGGGUUUGACUAUGGCGAAGACGCAGAAAGUCAAUGAUUAGUUAUACAAAAUUGUGUAAAUUAUUGAAAGAUUUUUAGAUAUUAGAAAAAAAGAAAUCAUAUUUAAGAAAAA